AUGUCGCACACCGUGCCUACUCCUCCUUCGGUGGUGGUGAAUACUGCCACAGAAAGACAACAAGUACCGCUGAGGGAUUACUUAAACGGACGAGUUGCGCCGUUCCUGAAGAAGGCCAUCACGGAGAGCCUGGCCGCGGAAGCGGAAUUCCCUCUCCAGUGGCUUGGAGAAUGCCUCAUCCACCAGUCCAUCCUAUACGAGGGCAACCCGGACCGCACGAAUAUUCGCGAAAGAUUUCUGUAUAAGUUCGAAGACCCCAAACCGCAAGAGCCGACAGAUAUAUCACCCGCUGCACCUGCACCUGCACAAGCACCUGUAUCCGCAACCUCACCAGCAGCUCCGCAUCGUUCACCGUCGGCGCAACCAGAGCCAGCGCCGGUCGAACGACAAGAGUCUACCGAGCAACAAUCCGAGAUUACCAUGAACGAAGCAGGCGACACUACUGCAGAACAGCCGCAACCUCCACAAGUUGAUGCCCAGGACGCGGCGCCGCAAGCUGCGCCGCCCAAAGAAGAACCUGCUGUCAAUGGAAUCAAGCAGGAAGAAGAGGCAAGGGUGGGUGAAGCAACAAGAGACGUCGAUACUGAAAUGGGAGGGACAUCAUGA